AUGCCUACGCCUCCUCUGCGCCCACGCAAUUAUUCUUCUAUUCAGGGAAUUGAUUACCUCGAGACAUCACCCUCCUACGAGGAAUUUCGCAAUCGAUACCUCGAACCCAAUCUGCCUGUUGUCAUUGGACCUGAUCUGACGAAACAUUGGCGAGCCCGUCAGCAAUGGGUCUGCCCCGAGACUGGCAAGCCAAAUUUUGCAGGUCUGCGAGAGCAGCUCUGUGAAGAAGAAGGUCAACCAGUCUCGAUUCUAGUCCCUGUUGCAGACUGUCAGAUCAAAGAAUUCACGGAUCAAAAGCGAUCAACCAUGGAUCUACGCGAGUUUCUGGAGCAGUGGGAAUUGAAUAGUAAACAGAAUCAACCUUCAAGGAUAUAUCUCAAGGACUUUCAUUUUCUGAAAACAUUUCCAUGGUAUCAUGCGUAUGAGACACCUGACAUUUUUCGGGAUGACUGGAUGAACGAAUUUUGGACGCGACGAUUGGAUAUGGAUGAUGACUAUCGAUUUGUCUAUUGUGGAGGUGACAACACAUUCACACCGUUCCAUGCAGAUGUUUAUAGAUCCUAUUCAUGGUCGGCUAAUAUCUGUGGGAUCAAAAAAUGGACGUUUUUUCCUCCAGAUCAAGAACAUCUGUAUUGUGACAAACUCAAUAACAUGGUUUAUGAUAUAGAAAAUGUCAAUCCAGUUCAGUUCCCCAACUUUCAUAAGGCGAAACGGUUUACAACCUAUCAGCAGCCAGGACAGACUGUGUUUGUUCCUUCAGGAUGGUGGCAUCAAGUACACAACAUUGGCGAUACGAUCUCUAUUAACCAUAACUGGUGUAAUGGAUCAAACCUGGAUCUGCUGUUGGGCUCAAUCUGUUCAGAUUUGGAGGAAGUAGAAAGAUCUAUUGAUCACUUGAAGGAGUCAAUGGAUGAAAAUGAAUGGAUCAAGAUUUGUCAGAGACUGCUGUUAUUGAAUAGUGGUUGGGACUGGAGUACAUUGUGGGAUAUGUGCAACACAAUACGCAACAGAGUCAUAUAUCAGGUUAAAGUCUCUUCUUGUAUUAGAAAGGAAUGUGACAAUAACAAUGGCAAUGACAUUGACAAUGAUAAUGACAAUAGAAUCGAUGAGCAAAAUGGGGAAGUAGAAAAUCUAUCCCUUUUUGCGACAUUUAAACGAGACGAUCAUCUCGACUUUAAGAGGAGCACACCGAUCUUUGAACCACCCCUUAUCUCACAACAACCUCCCUUGGAGCUUACGCUUAGACGCCUUAAUGAAGCUCUUGAUUUUAUUAGAAGCGACAAAGCUGCAAACUGGUUUUUAAGACAUGUCAAAGGUAUUUCAUUAUAG